AUGAAUUCCAUGAGGCAUCAUGGAAGUGGCGUUUUACGUGCUCUUUUCUGCCCUCACCGAAGUUGUUCGACAACACCGUUGGAGCAGCUGAUAAUUAAUGCCGCCCACUGGGAUGACAGCAAUUAUUACCACCGCCUUGGGUUUUGCGAGGAGGUGCACGAUCUUCAGAGGAUCAAGGAGCAUUAUCGCGUCCUUGCGAAACACUACCACCCCGACAAUCCGAGCGCGCCACCAGACGCCAAGGCUGCAUUUCAAAGCAUCAGGGAGGCGUACGAGCAUGUCGCCUCCAACGCCAAGGAGGCCCCGGGCAGGAGCAAAAUGGCUGAGGCGGGCUUUGAAUUCUCCGAUCAGGCGAGACGCAAGGCACAGAUGCGCUUUUUGGGUGAUGGUGUAGGCCUCUUCAUGGGAAUGACUCUCGUGUUCAUUUACAUUGUCUCGAAGCACAACAAAGAACGUCUCUGCGCGCGCCAUUUAUGGGAUUUUCUGCUUAUCUUUUUGACCAUCCAGUUUUUUCCAAGACUCUUGGCGGCCGCUAUCCUCUUUGCGUGCCACACGAACUAUCUAGUGAGUUUGGCGGAAUCCAAGGAACAGGCGGCGACGAGUGUGGUGGUUGAGCGACUGACAGGUGACGAUGUUUCCAUUCGUGUCGAUGGCAUCAAGGAAGAGGUGAUGGAGAAGACUAUUCUGCAAAUUACUGCUACGCAGGCGCCAUUGCCAUCGUCGGAGGCGCCAGCAGCAUUGGAAGCGGAGGACCCCAAUGUGUUACCUGCGCCGUCCGCGUCGACAACGCUGACGUUCGAUGCUGGAGUCAUGUCGGUGUCGGUGCCUGGACUCCCAGUCGGCGCGACUGAGUACCGUGUCAAGGCGGUGGAUAUGGAUAGGGGAUUCGUCUUGGCUGACCGCACUGUACGCGUCUGA